CCUCUACAUCUCUCACAUGCACACUACGCCCGCCUGAACCUCGAUUUCUAUUUCUAUCUCAUCAUCGACGAGGCCACCGGAAAGAAGAAGCUGAAGGUGAACGCCUGGUUUAGCAGCCGGGUAACAACCGUCGCAAUUCGCACGGCGCUCAGUCACGUCACUAACCUGAUCAACGGCGUCAGGAGGGUUACCGUUACAAGAUGCAUUUCGUGUACACACGCGCCGCCUGUUAAUCCGAACAGCAAUCGAGAUAUACAGAUAAACAGAGGCUCUGUUCCACACGCUCCGUCUGUUCAUCGUUUGUGGGAACUGGAAAUUUUGGAUGCCCAUUUCAGCGUCCUCUCGCAGCGGGUGCCGACGGUCCUGCCUGUCACAUCCGCCAGCACGCACCUCAUCGAGACCUACCCCUCCCUGCAGCCCAAGACCGCCGUCUUCACCCACAACGACGGUCAACCUCCUCCAGGCCACGGCACCAUCCCAAUCUUCUUCCAGGGCGUCACCUACAACAUCCCCGUCAUCAUGUGGCUCAUGGAUUCUUCCCCAGAAGAGAGGGCCAUUCAUAUGCAAGCUGAGGAUGAGGGAUGCGCCACCCCUGUGUGGCGGCUGCGCCAGGUGGUUGAUGCUAUGGCGGUUGAGAUGCAUGCGGGCUUCGCCUCCGAAGGCGGGUCAAAGCUGAAGAUGCUUCUCACCUAUAUCUGCGACCUCCCUACUGGGAACGAAAAGGGGAUUUAUUAUGCUCUAGAUCUCGGCGGUACCGAUUUCCGGGUCUUGCGAGUAAAGUUAGGUGGCCAAAGGUCAACUACCAUAAUUCAUGAUGUCGAACGACAGCCCAUCCCUCAAAUUUGA